UUGAACACAGAUGAAGCAAUAAAAUUGAUACGCUUAGUUAUAAAAAUAAGCGACUCAUUCGAUUUACAAUGUUAUUUAUAUCAAAGAACUGAUAUCUGAAUAUAGAUUAUAAAAAUUAUGUAUUUAAUUAGAGUAUUCUAAAUCUAAGCAGCAAUCUUUAUAAACUUUAUUGAUAACAGUGUCGAGUUAACUUAGAUGUUAUUUUAGAAUGAAUUAAUGAGUUUAUAUAAUAUACAAAAUGUGGUGCCUUGGUUUUAUGAUAUUACUAUCGUUACAUUCACUUUGCGUUAAAGCCGACGUUGGUGAUACAGAUUUAAACGAUUUAUCGGAACAACAAAACUCCGUGAAAAUAAACAAGUGUUGUGAACAUAAUGAGAUUAUGGUCAACUCAGUUUGUAGACUGGCUGAAAAAUAUAAUGAAAGUGUUUGGAAUCCUCAAUUCAAAAGUGAAGAUGGCAAGGAUACUACUGUGAAGUAUUUCAGAUACAUUUACGGAGUACCAAAUUGCGAGACCACACAACAAAGACCAAUAUUUGACUUUAGAACAUCCGAAGAUGAACUGAAUCUUUUAUCCGAUGGACGGUUGAGACAUGUUAUACACCAUGAACAUGGCGACAAUCCUGUUAAGGACGACCCAUUAAUGACAAACACACUUAUCCAUGAGGCAAUAGUAAUACCAGCUGUUAAGGAACCAUCUUCAUACAUUCAUGAUCAGAACAAAUAUUGUAUGGACAAGAUUGUAAUAACAAGUUCAAAUGUGACCGGUCAAUAUGGAUUGGUAUGUGUUCCAGAAGUGAAGAUUAACUGGAGAGAAACCAGUUUCUUAAUGAAAAAGGUUCUAAAUCCACUUUUCCAUGCCAUUGCAAUGGUACUAUUUCUGCUGGUUGCUAUAAUAUACUUUGUUUUGCCGACAUUAAGAGACUUGGCCGGAAAUAUAAUCACCACAAUCAAUAUAUGUCUAAUUGUGAGCCAGGCGGCUGAUUUUGUCAGAAUAUUCACGGAAUUUAGCAAUCACGUCAGCUUUAUGAUCACAGAUAUAAUCCUUUACAUCAGUCUACUGGGUGCCUUUUUCUGGCUGAAUAGUUUUGGAUUUUACAUCUGGAAGACAUUUAAAUCACGAAAUGUCUUUCUCAGAGUGACGGAUGUUCGUAAAUACUGCUAUUAUUCGAGUGUGGUUUGGUCGUGUGUAGUGCUCAUGGCCGGUAUGGCUAUAUGUGCGCACUUCCUACUGGACACCGGUACAAAUCCUUACAGAAAAAUGAAAACACAAUUCUCAUCAUCAAUCUUAAUAGAUGACAUAGAACAGGAAACCAUAGGAUGGCUGGGUAUUGCAAUAUUCUUCACUCCUAUAGCCUUCACUAUCAUAUUUAAUCUAUUCUUCUAUAUAACAACUUUAAAAGUUAUAAAGAGGAUAAAUAUAUACGGGAGAAUUCAUUAUAAAUUGAAAGGAUGUUUCGAUCUCUUCCUGCAGCUAUUUCUUAUAAUGACAAUGGCCUGGUUGUUUCUUCUCUUGUCCUGGCUCAAUUUCGAUGGUUUGUUAUACGCCCAUAUAGUUGUUAAUCUAUUACAGGCAAUUCUGAUAUUCUAUGUGUGCGUUGUUAAACAGUCACAUGUAACAUUUCUGUUAAGAAAGAGUUGUUGUUACGCCGAGCCCAUUCCAACCGGGGAGUGGGGCGAUGAAAUGACUCAUAUGAACGGAGGAAAUUAUUAAAAAAAAAUCUAAGAACUAAUCACGUGACCUUAGCAGUAUUUAUUAGGAUAUACCAAGGGUUUUUGCUAUGCAUUAGUAUAUUAGAGAAUCUCUUUGUAUAAGAUUAUUUGAAGUUACACUAUUAGUGUCAUACACAUUUUAAUGAAUUGGGUGAUAUUGUGCCUUAUAGACGUUACAUUCGCAUUGGUGUAUUUAAAGGUGCUGGCCAUAUCAAUUAACUGAUUUUAAAUUUUAUAAAACUAAAGUACUGUAUUGGUUAUAGUCGAGAUUAGGGAAAUGAAUUUUUUAAAGUUUUACACUUUGUAUAGUUCUUUGAAUUAAGUUAAUUAAUUUGAGUAAUAUUUUGCAUUAAUUGGAAGAUUGUAAGCACAAAUGUAAGCCAAAUAUACUUUGAUAUUGAAUUAAUUUUAAAUGCUCAUUGAUGUUACUUAUUAGGUAUUAAUUGAAAGCUUGAGUUUGAAUCGGAUUACUUUUAAGUGUCUAUUUUUAAAAAAAAUUGCAAGUUUUUUUGUUAUAUGAGUGUGUACAAAGCUCUUAUUUACAUAUGAUUUGUAUAAAAGGUUACAAUGAUUUAAAAUUUGUAGUUUCAUAAAAGCUGUAAGACUAAUAUCACAUUUUGUCCGUCCCAAUAUCUAAAGGCUUAUGGGUUAGUACAAAUGCAGCUAGUAGAUUGUAGUUUUUGAAAAAUAUUUGCUCUCUUGCACUAAUAUGUAAUACUUAUUGUUAGAUAUAACUUUGUGCUCUCGAAAGUAUAGCAUUUUAUACUUUUUUUUAUACACUUUCACAUUGUUUUAAUUGCAUCGACAUUUGAAGAAUAAACUUGUGACUGUA